AUGGGGCCUCCAGAAACUCCCAGCAGGUUUAUGCACCAAUCUCCAAAUCUCUUCCCUAGUUUACAAUUCUCUCCCGAUCUAUAUGCCCACCAGUUCAACUCGGGGCCAGCUACUGCUCCUAUCUAUCCUCAGCAGCGACUCUUUUGGGAUUCUACCAGCAUGCCAUUCGAACAGCCAACUUUGCCUCAACAGUAUCAAGACCCCUUCCAGAUGAGCCCGGUCGGCAUCAACACUUCCUUUGCCUCUCCCUCCACAGUCGUGCCACAGUAUUCCCACCAGGAUAUGUUUCCUGACGAACAGCAACCUUACGACUUGCCCAAUAUGCCUCGUUCCAUGAGCUUCACUCAACCUGACCCCAACAUCUUUCUCACCCCUUUCACCACUUCUCCUCGAAUCCCUCCGCCACCUAUGGAGAAUCCAAGCAUGUUUUUGAGCUCUCCCGCUCGGAGAUUCGGCCCAGCUGAUCAUACUUUCGUUAAGUUUGGCCACCCUCCCGCCCCUGACCGGCCCGCUUAUGCACAUCAAAUAGAGGAGUCUCGAAGAGAGCAGGAGAUGAAGCGAGUCCGCAGGAUGGAAGUGAAGCAACCCUCUAUAACACGCUCGGUCAUGGAAGCACUCAAGCGGCCUGUUUCUCCCGCCAAAAAGGAUGGUAGGCCCGGUCUGAAAAGAAGCCUCACCCAUACUGGUGUUCGUAACGAUCGAAGCCUCAAAAUCCAGACCCAAAAUGGCCACAACUCCCCGGGUCCUGGCUCAUUCAGGCCGGGUAGAUCACCCCCUCUUAAAACUAUUGCCGACCCAAUAUCAAGAACACUCACUUCUAGCCGCAAUACCAACAUAAACACCAAACGUGGAUCAAUAUCAUUGUCAAUUGAUGAAAAUGGAGUAGCCAAAACAAUUCUGAUCGACCACGAACCAGACAUGGACCUGGAUGAAGCCUUGAGCAGUGGCACCGACUCGUUUGAUGAAUCUGACUUCCAGAUCUUGCAUAGCCAGCACAAUUCCUUCGCCUUCCACAAUGAUGAUCUAUCAGGGCCAGGUCAUUCCUCAUUGAAUCGACCUUUUAGUCACUCCAAAGCCAAUUCCCAUUCCACCAUGGGUUCAGCGGCUUCUACAAAGCAAUCGUCGUACCAGAGCUCCCAAUCGAGUUACACCAACAUUCGUGCAUCUGACGUCGUGUCUAGUCGGAGAAAAAGACCCUUAUUAGGCACAACCCUCGAAGAUGAUACUCUAAUGGAAGACGAAACUUCAUCAGGAAAUGCUCAGGCAGCUCUCCGUGCCAUCAUCCAGGAUCGAUCCCGUUCUACAUCGGCUCAGGGAGACAUCACGAGUCAUCAUCUCCAUUCCUCCCCGCCGCAAGCCCAUUCCCAAUACGCAACAUUCAAUGGUUCACCAACCACAAUUACCGACCCCGAUCUUGCCACCCCGAGCACGGAUAGAGACAGUCUUGGAAGUAAUAUGAGCACACGCUGUGUGUGUAACUCAUCGCUCCUUGACGGGACUGUGCCCGUUAUUCAGUGUGACUCAUGUUCAAAGUGGCUGCACAUGGGCUGCAUUGGAAUUGAUAGUCGCCGUGUCCCGGAAGUAUAUGUCUGCGUCUACUGCUACCAAUCAUCCAGUGGAGUUCGACACUCUCACAGUCAUGGCCGAGCUAGGAACGGGGAGUCCUCCUCUCAUGGACAAGGCCUUCGCGCAUCCGUUCUCCCAAACACUGCAAGUCCCCUUGCACACAAAUCAGCAAGGCGUCACUGA